CUCCCAGUUCCUCUCCCUCUACCAGUGUGUACACUCACUUUCCCAUUCCUUUCUUUCUAUUUUUGUUUUUCUUCUUUAAAUUCUUGCAAUUAGUCUUUGUGGGUCUAUUCAUACAUACAUACAUACAUGUAUUUUCAAUUUAUGUUCAGUUUGUGGGUUUAUUAUUGUUGAUGAUCACAACUGUAUUCCAUCUGGGUCUGUUUCCAACUUCCUCAAUCUGAGUAUUCCUUUGCUUCAAAUCUUUUCUGUUUUUGAACUCCUGUUUUGAUUGAUUGAUGGUGAUUGAAAGUUUCAAUUUUUGUUCUGUUAUGUUUUGAUCCAGAAGUGCUAUCAAUUCCCAUGUAUAUCUGUCUAUGUCCUUGCUUAAAACGUUGAUUGUCCUAUUCACCUCUUGUGUUUGUGAUAUUUCGGUUGAUAAUCUUCUAUUAAUUUCUGUCCAAUUUUGAAGUUUUUCUCUACCUGAAUCUUUUGGGUUCAUAGUUACUUGGUGAGCGGCAUAACUAAUUAAAAAUUCACUCAUAUGCAGCUUUUGAAAAACUGUUAUCUUAGGGUUUUAAAUAUCAGAUGAUUUUCGAUACUGAUAUUCACUAUAUAUGGGCCGAUACUGUCAUUUCUGAUACCCACUUCGAAAUUUAUGAGCAACUUUAAAAACCCAUCAUUUCUUUGGUUGAUCUAUACUAUAUUUCAAAUCUUUAGUGACAGGUGAUUAGGACUAAGAAAAAUCUAUUUCUCUUAUUUUCUCUUCAAAUCACCCAAUCCAAACAGAGUGUUAACACCACAAAAUUUCAACAUUUCUGGCCGAAUUCAAAAAACCCAUCAUCUCUUUGGUUGAUCCAGUAGCAGAGAAUCAUUUUUUCCCCCUUCAAAAUCCUCAUUAACAUGCUUGUUUCAUAGGCAUCGAUGUCAUUCCUUUGUGGUCUUCCCCUUCUUGAGUGUGUAUACUGUUUGGGCUGUGCUCGUUGGGUAUGGAAGAAAUUCCUCUACACUGCAGGCAAAGAAAGUGAGAAUUGGGGCCUUGCUGAUGCCGGUGAAUUUGAGCCCAUUCCUCGAAUUUGCCGGUAUAUUCUAGCAGUAUAUGAAGAAGAUCUUCGAAACCCACUUUGGGCUCCCCCGGGUGGGUAUGGAUUGAAUCCCGAUUGGGUAAUUUUACGGAAAAACGACAAAGAAACACAAGAGAAUGUUUCUCCCUACAUGAUCUACCUUGAUCAUGAUAAUGCCGAUAUAGUUGUUGCCAUUAGAGGGCUUAAUGUGGCGAAAGAAAGUGAUUAUAAGGUCUUACUUGAUAAUAAAUUGGGGCAGACAAAAUUCAAUGGCGGGUACGUUCAUAAUGGACUAUUGAAGGCCGCUCAGUGGGUUUUGGAUGCAGAAUGUGAGGUUUUUAGGGAAGUAAUUGAGAGGUAUCCAAGCUAUACUUUGACUUUUGCUGGGCAUUCACUAGGGGCUGGGGUAGUAACAUUGUUGACAAUAUUGGUGAUUCAGAAUCGGGAAAAAUUUGGAAACAUUGAGAGGAAAAGGAUUAGAUGCUUUGCGAUUGCUCCGGCUAGGUGCAUAUCACUCAAUCUGGCGUUGAGAUAUGCAGAUGUCAUCAAUUCUGUUGUACUCCAGGAUGAUUUCUUACCUCGAACGACCAUGGCUUUGGAAGUUGUUUACAAGUCAUUUUUCUGCUUGCCGUGCAUAUUGUGCUUGAUGUGCGUGAAGGACACAUGUACGCUAGAGGAUAAGAUGCUUAAAGAUCCUAGGAGGCUCUAUGCACCUGGUCGUCUCUAUCACAUCAUUGUGCGGAAGCCCUUCAGGAUUGGAAAAGCCCCCCCAAUUGUGAGGACUGCAGUACCUGUGGAUGGGAGGUUUGAGCACAUAGUCCUGUCUUGCAACUUGAUUUCUGACCAUAGCAUCAUUUGGAUAGAGAGAGAAUCUCAAAAUGCUCUUGAUUUGAUGAUGGAGAGACAACGGAUUAUGGAGAUCCCGCCACAGCAGAGGAUGGAGCGGCAGGCCUCUCUGGCCAAAGAACAUAGCGAGGAGUACAAGGCAGCAUUACAGAGGGCUAUGGCGUUGGAUGUUCCUCUGGUUUACUCGCCUGGUUCAUAUGGAACGUUCCAUGAAAUAGAGGAAGGGGAUGAUUCAAGCAAAUUACAAAAAUAAUUAUCAUUCAUGUCGCGGGGAUGAAUUAGUAAGAUCAAUAUAGAUGAGCUUAGCAAAAUUGCCAGUCAUUUUUUCGUUCACAUUGGAUAGCUUUGCCCCUUUUUUUUUAACCCUCAUGAUAUCAGAUAUGUAUUGUUCGAUUAUUGAUGAAUCCACAAAAGGGCAAGUUGAUUCAAUUGUAUCACAAUCGGAGUAAUUCAGAGAGAACCCUAGUUUUACAAUGAUGCAAAAAUAAUUCUUCCAGCUAUAUGUGCCGCUAUUGGUCUAUCUAAUCAAAUUUUGAGACCCGUCACCAA